AUGUUGAUACGAGAAAUAGAGUUGGAAUCAACUCAACACGAUACCCAGCUUUCUGCACUAGCCAAGCCCCUCCCCAAUUGCACCGCCGACGCGGAGAAGGGCCAGCCCGGAAAAGUAGAAGUUACUGAGCACAAGAGCAGAUUCGGCAGGUUCAAAGACCGAUAUAAAGGCUGGAGGCAUGGACUCCUGCUUGGAUUUAUCGCGAGCGUUGUUGUCUUCUUUGUCAACCUGGGGUUUGCUCUAUGGGCUGUCCAGCAUCAUCGUCUUCAGGACAGCCAAGGGGUCCUCUAUGAAGGCGAUUGCAAGAAGGUCGAACGUUCUGGUGUCGGGCUUCAUUUCGUGAUUAAUAUUUUUGGCACCACUCUCCUAGGUGCUAGCAACUAUUGCAUGCUAAAGCGUCCUAUGUGCAGAUACAAUUCCACCAUAUUUACAACUAUAUCUGCCGAUGCAUAUAAUAUCUUUGCAGGCAGCGGGUCUUUUACAGAGAUGGAUCUGUCAAGCCUCGCCUUGGGCACAGGCGAUGGUAAUAUCAAACAAGCAUUCGAGCGGCUCCAUCAAAAGGCACAGAACGGCACGCUAUAUCGACUUGAUAAUUCUGCUUGCAUAGACGCCUAUGCCACUGCCUACCAGUCGGCUUAUGGCAGCGUGCUUGUGGUGACUACCGAUAUCACCCAGUCAAGUAAAUACAUAGUCGUAGACCAGCAGGAAGUCUAUAACCCCUCGUUAGAGAACAACCCCGGAGCAAAUCCCUAUAGAUGGCUAUGCGCAGAUCUGCAGACUACGAGAUAUUCCUACGCACAGUGUCUCACGCUCUUGCCACAAGUCCGUUCUCUGGCAGCAGAUAACAAGUGGACGGUGAGUGGUCACCACGUCGACUACUGCCUUGUUGAAACGGUCCCUUCGCACUGCAAAUUACAAUACAGCUUGCCACUAGUGGUGACGGUUAUCAGUCUCAAUCUUCUCAAGGCUAUACUCAUGGGUUAUAUGGCGUUCUGGUUUGUUGACACCCCAAUUCUCACCAUGGGGGAUGCUGUCGCCUCCUUCCUGAGGACACCCAACCAGUUCUCGGAAAGCAAGUGUCUAUUGAUUAUGGAUAGCGCUCGAAACCCUAAAAAGUGUGGUAAUGGUGAUCUAAUUUUCGAUGGGAGUCUAAGACGAUGGCGAUCAGCUAUCCCUCGAUCGAGAUGGAUUCUAGGUAUCGGAUUCUACGUCGUGGCCAUUCUUGCAUGUGUUGCUGUCCUUGCCGUAGGGCUAAUCUUACCUUUCAAUAAUAGUGGCAUCUGGAAGAUUGGACUUGGGGAGGUUAGUGCGCAAUCACUGCUCUCCUCGGGGCAGGCGUGGAUAACAUCAUUGGUGGUUAACGCCAUCCUCGCAAAUCUGCCCCAGUUGAUACUCUCCAUGCUUUACUUUACGUCCAAUAGCCUCCUUACCAGUAUGCUCAUGGCCGACGAGUGGAGUAGAUACGCGCUACGCCACAAAGGCCUUCGAGUCUCCUCUCAUCCAAGAGGAUCACAAAGAAGUAAAUACUUCCUCUCGCUCCCAUACCGAUACGCUAUUCCCCUUAUGAUCUCAUUGACCCUCCUCCACUGGCUCAUAUCUCAGAGCCUGUUUCUCGUCAUGAUCCAGGCAUAUUCUGCCACCCUGCAGCGAGAUCCUGCGAACGACAUUACCACCUGCGGGUACUCGCCAACUGCCAUUGUUAGCACCACGGCAGUCGGGGUUGUCAUGUUUUGCUGCCUUAUUUUUCUGAGUAGGAAACGAUUCAAGACGGGCAUGCCGGUUGCGGGGAGUUGUAGCAUUUCCAUUGCCGCUGCAUGCCAUCCCCACCCUCAACUAGAGAAUAGAGAGACUACUGGGCUUCAAGAAGAUGAAGGGUGCUUGCCUGUAAGGUGGGGAAGUAUCCAAGUGCCAGAUGGAGAGAUUGGGCAUUGUUCUUUCUCGAGUGGCGAGGUAGAGCUUCCUGAGCAGGGGAAGGCAUAUCGAUAA